AUGACGCUUUUUCUGGGGAUAUACAAGGCUAUCUUCCAGUAUGUGCCACAGUCUGAAGAAGAGCUGGCCGUUGAAGAGGACGACCUUCUGUAUCUGCUGCAGAAGUCCGAAGUAGACGAUUGGUGGUCGGUGAAGAAAAGAGUGAUUGGAUCUGACACUGAAGAACCAGUGGGGCUAGUACCAAGCAACUACAUUGAGGAAGCGGAUGUGAAGUUUACGGCUGUGGCGUUGUACGAUUAUCCAGAAGUGCAGAAUGCAGAUGAAGAGAUUGUCUUCAGCGAAAAUGAUAUUCUCGACGUCUUCGACGACAGAGAUCCUGAUUGGAUCUUGUGUCGCUCACAAAGAACAGGAGAAUACGGGUUCGUACCUGGCAACUAUGUUGAGCCGGCGAGCGGGCCGUCUGCGCCAUUGGCAGCAGCAGCAUCAGCACCAGCGGCACCAGCGGCUCCUGCUGUUUCUGCCGUUAACGUCAGUAGUUUCCCGCCCCCACCGCAGCAUGCUGCGAGAGCAACGCAAGCAGCACCCGCAGCAUACCCAUCACCUCCAGUACCGGAUUACGAGGAUAGUCCCCCAAAAAUGUCGAGACCCAUUGCUGAUGAAGACGAGGUACCACCACCAAGACCCACAAGACCCAGGGAAGACACUCGCGACAUUCGCGAAUCGACCUAUGAUAGCUACGAAGAUCGUGAAGCUGGAAUGAGUACACCAGUCGAUAAUGACGGAAAGAUUAAAACCUGGGAUGUUUCCGAGGUUAAUGGGAAAAAGAAGCACAAGGCCAAAUUUGCAAUUGGAAAGAGUACCAUAUUUUUCAAACCAGCAAAGGGCACACCUCAGCAAUGGCCUGUUAAUGAUUUGAUGACAUACGAUAACGAGAAAAAACAUAUCUUUUUCGAGUUCUCCAAUCCGUACCUUAACCUCGAGAUUCAUACGGGUUCUACUAGCGUAGCUGACGAAAUCAUGGCUAUUUUAGGCGAACUCAAAGGAGCGUAUCGUGCUGGCGGCCUACGUGAAGUAGAAGCUGCGUCAAAACCCACUUCCAAACCCCCAAGCAAGUCAUCCCAUCGGAAACAGGGUAAAGCUAUUUAUGAUUUCAUUGGCGAAUCUGUGGAUGAAUUGUCAGUUAAAGAAGGUGAGAUCGUUCAUAUCUUGGACGACAAAAAGUCAAAAGACUGGUGGAUGUGUGAGUCAGCAGAUACAGGGCGAGUAGGUGUCGUUCCGGCGCAGUUUGUCGAGCCUAUAAAUCAAUUGUCUGCAAUGGCAAACUCCCUCAAAUCACUGGGCAAAUCUAGUAAGAAGAGCACUUCAAACAAUUCCUCCAAAAACUGGAAAGAUGAUGCGGAGCAAGAGGUCUCGAAAAAGAGCUCUACCAGAAAGAGAUCAUCAUCUUUUCUGCAUCCUCACAAAAAGAAAGAGGACGAGCGUACUUCAAGCAAAAAGCAUAAAGAUUUCCCUGAUUCAAAAAAAACAAGAGUAUGGGUUGAUAGAAGCGGCACUUUCAAGGUCGAAGCUGAGUUUAUCGGUUGCGUGGAGGGGAAAGUUCAUCUACACAAAGUUAAUGGUGUCAAAAUUGCCGUUGCUGCUGACAAGCUGUGCCUCGAAGACUUAGAACGUGUGGAGAGGUUAACUGGUACAUCUUUGGAUAAGUACAAGCCCAAAAGUGCCAGCAAUGGCUCCUCCGCAAGAGACAAGGAGCGAGAACGGAGAAGAAGAUUAAAGGAGCAAGACGAUCGUGAACGUGAACGCGAACAAAGAGAGUUGGAUAGAAGAUUACGGGAACAGGAAUUAAAUGAGCUCAGAAAAGCUCGGGACUUGCUCGAUAAGGAAAGAGAGAACAUGCGUGCCGCUCAAGAGAGAGAGCUUCCACCCAUCAAGCCUCCCAGACCUUCUGCGUCUUCCAAUCAGUCAUCUGCGAAAACGCUACCUAGAAGCUCUUCAAAGGCGGCUGAAUAUGAUUGGUUCGAGUUCUUUUUGAAUUGUGGCGUCGAUGUUAACAACUGUCAGCGGUAUACCAUCAAUUUUGAAAGAGAGCAGAUCUCAGAAGAAACUCUUUCAGAUAUCCAACCAUCGGUUCUCCGUACCUUGGGUCUGCGUGAAGGUGAUAUCAUUCGGGUAAUGAAAUACCUGGAUCAAAAGUUUGGUAGAGAAAAUACCAUGAUGCCUACAUCCACUGGAGGUUUGUUUUCUGAACCAGACGGAUCUAUUAAAGUUCCAUCCACCGAUAGAGUAGGCAGUGGUCUUCCGGAGAACUUGCUUCCUCAAAAGUUUCAUCCCUCAACAGGCCAAAAUUCCAGCGCUCAAGAUGAUGAGGCAUGGACUGUUAAACCAGCUGCUACCUCAGAAGCCACAAUGCCACCUCAGAAGUCCGAGUUUACAGGUUCCAUGCAAGACCUCCUCGAUUUACAACCUUUAGAACCUAAAAAAGCACCUCAACCAAAAUUCAAAGACCUAGAACCAGUGAAGACCGGAUCAUCUAGAGCGGACAAUUAUCUUGCAUCCGAUAAGACCGGAGGCACAAUGGCCCCAUUGGAUCCCUUUAAAACAGGUGGUCACAAUUUAUUGCCUAUGGCUACCGGAGGUUUUGUGAUGGUCCCCGUUAGCACUGGUGGGCUGAUUCCUCUUCAACGGACUGGCGGAAUACUUAUGCCUCAGACAACCUUUGGAAUGCAACCUACAGGUACGAUAUUACCUGUGCAAAAAACUGGAAACGGGUUGAUUCCAUACAAUACUGGCGGAUUAAUGCCCCAGACUACUUUUGGAAUUCAAGGCUCGUCUAAUUUCAUGCCAUUGCAGAGAACUGGCGGAACUAUUCCCUUGCAGCAAAAUCAGUUUACAGGAACAAUGAUGGGUUCACAAAACACAGGUGGUCCUAUGAAUAUGCCCCAGACGUCGUUUGGUAUACAAUCUACAGGUGUAAUGCCCAUGUCUGCAACAGGCGGGAAUAUGAUGCCAAAUCAAAUGACUGGAGCUAGCCUGCCAUUUGGAACGUCAGGAAUGGGACUCCAAAACACCAUUCCCCAAACAAGCUUUGGAUAUCAAUCCACGGGUGGAUUUAAUGGUUCAUCCCAGCCUGGUUUCAUGAGUCAGAUAACUGGAGGUGCAAAUAUGAUGCCCGCUACCUCAUUUGGGAAUCAGAUGACAGGCGGAGCAAAUAUGAUGCCCACAAACUCAUUCCAAAGACAAGUCACAGGCGGUUUGCCCACUUACCCUCAAACAACGUUUGGCAUGCCAAACCAGUUGAACGGAAACUUUGGUAUGGGAACACACAGUACGGGCGGUGUAGGGAUGAUGCCUCAAAACAGUUUCAAUGUUCAAAGGACCGGUGGUAUGCAACCGCUGCCACAACCUUCCAUGACUAUGCAUCAAACGGGGGGCUUUCAACCCCAGUCACAGUUUGGACUCGGCAUGCAAAGGACAGGGGGGGUCUCGCUCCCUCAAACAUCCUUUAACACUGGCGGCGCUAUGCAGCAACCCUUGGGAAAUUCACUCACGGGUGGUAUAAGCCAGCUAAACAGCGGGUUUCAAAACAUGUCAGUAUCUCAGCCGGCCCUUCAGUCGCAGCCUACCGGCUUUGGUUUCGGAAAUGGUCCGCAGCCUCAGCAAAAGCAUGCCAAUAUGUAUAAUGCAAGUGCCGAUAAUCCGUUCGGCUUUUAA